AUGGCGGAAGUGACGAAUGAGAAUCUGCAGGUUCUCCUCACAAAACUCAUGACGGACCGCUACUGCUCAGGCGAGGCCAGCGAUCUCGACGCCUGCAUUCAAAACUUCGUCCCUCAGGCGACCGAUGGAAGUUGGGUGGACCAAAGUCUCCAGCGCCGCGGUCUCCGCCGCUGCCAGCCCUAUCAAGAAGUGGCCCGCCGCUGUUUGGAGGAUGAACGUCGACAUGCGGCGAUCUUCAAAGCAGCCGCGAAUGCCCCUGUUUGCCGUGAGGAACGCACAACUUUGCAGCGCUGCAGACAAACACGCGGUCGUGAUUGUGAACAGGAGGCGUUGGAGAUGUUGUACUGUGGAAUGGUGUAUCUUGUGCAGCGGCAGAAGGAGCGCCACGGGGCAGCAAUAUGA